AUGUGCAUCAGCGCAAGUCGCGACAAGGCAGAGAAUCAGUUGAAAUGGUCUUUCAUUCGAGUAAAACAUACUCAGUCCUCCAGUUGCUUUUCUCAUGCCCGACAACCGCCGUUUCCAGCGCCCAUCGCCCGCUACAGCUACUGCUCCUCGCCAGCCAUUCUCAUGACACUCGCAGACGCUGCUCCCAAUGGCGAAUCAACUGAAGAGGCCAGCGACAUCCUGUUUGCCGUCUUCUCUGCAGAUAACGAAGCUGCGAUUCAUCUGUUAGAGACCAUCGAAUGCAAAGUAUCGCCUCCCACCCUCAAGAGCGACGAAAACGCAAUUGGUUAUCAGCUAUCGUUGCCCUCUCUAUGCGACAGCUUCGACUCCGGCCGCUUCAGAUGGCGCAUCGGUGCCGGUCCAUCUCCAGCGCUGGUUGAGAAAGGACUGUGUCACUGCAAGCCGGAUAUUCUUCUAUGUCCCCCCGGCAGAACGCCCAGCUCGACAGCAGUCCGCCGAUUCAUCAAAGACAUUCACGCCACCAUUCAUAUCCAUCCGCGAUCAGGCGUCCUACUGCUGAAGACGCACUCUAGCCGGCCUAUUGUCUACGAACAGGGUGACGUGGACGAUGGCGAUUUGACUUUGGAUGCAUCACCGAGGAGGAAUACAUGCGUUUUGCGGCGACAACGUAACUAUCUUCGCUUUGGCCGAUAUCGUUUUGUUCUUGAAUUUGUCGCCAGUGACCAAAGUCGCAAAGGCCUCAACUCGCAAUUUGACGAGAAUCUCGAUUGUUGUUACAGUGGCCUCCGCCCUUCUCAGCUUCUCAGCUUUAUACCUACGUCACAUUCUGAGACUUCUUGGAAUGUAUGGCUUCAUCAGAAGAUUCCGAACUCUUCUAUAAUCUCCGGCGUUGACAUCCACACGGGCUGGCCGGUUGCUGUUAAAAAGUUAGAGACCAGGUCUAAAGGGCGACAACAUAUGCGACGGCGGCUACAAAUUGCCUCUCAGUAUAAAGAUAGGUUGCAUAAAGGUGUCUUGGGUAUUAUUGAUAUCUGGUGCGAGCACAAGUCACCAUCUCCAUGCCUUUUUAAUAGGCAGAGCGAAGCCACGAACCGCUGUCUCCAUACAUUCUACUCUGUGCCCCUUGCCGAGCACGAUUUCCUCAACAUGCCAUGGGCCAAGGUCGAUAUCAACACGCGCCUACUCUAUCUCUUUCAGACUCUGACAGGGCUAUCUGAGAUACAUCAGCAAGAUAUUGCUCACGAAAAUAUCUCACCCGAAUCAUUGUUGAUAUUGGCUGACACGAAAGGCGAACCACUGCCAGGUGUCAACUCACUGCCAAAAAAGGCAGCCAUUUCUCUCUCCAUACAACCGCAUGGCAAGAAGCCAAGUGCCAGUGUAUGCGUUGCGCCAGAAGUUUGGAAAUCCAAGGCGAUUUUGGAUCAAUUCAAAGCUGACAUCUGGUCACUUGCUGCCUCAUGGCUGUUUGCUUUCGUGCGGCCACCAAGGGAUAUCAGAAUCACCAAAGAGUCUUAUCACACUCUGGAGAAGACAUUAGAUGGCCAGUGUGAAAGAGGCUUCAUACCAGGCCUGUUUGCAACUCUUUUGCGCCAAAUGCUGGCAUGGGAUCCCAAGGACCGACCAAGCGUCGAAGAAGCGCUUGCGCAUGAAGCAUGGGUGCCUGUGCUGGCACAUGGGCAGUCAAUCGCGGACGACAGAAAGCGAAAGCGAAUAGAGCAGACACAGAACCCUUCUGCCCAAACCAGGAGAGCUAGAGUACUUUCACCCGACGCGAAUGAUUGA